GCUGCGCACAGCCCAAAAAAUAGUCGGGGCCCCGCAAAUUCGCGGGGUUCCGCAGAUUCGCGCACCUGCAGAAAAUGGCAAGAGAUCUGCCGCCGCCUACCCCACCUAGCGCAGGCGACAGAGGGAGCAAGAGGCCACAAGGGAGGCAGACGUCUGACCAGUCUCCAUCUGUUGUGAACGGGAUCAGCCCACUGCAUGCGGACUGGACUAUUGUUUGAAGCGGCGCGGCGCCACAGUCGUGGGCGGGUGGCGCCGCCCUCGCACCCUGACCGCACCCCGCUCUCCCCGCGCGCAACCGCCAACGACAACGGCGCGAUGACACGAGCGACUUCCCCGAGCUGCAGUGGCGGGGACACGGGUUCCCCUAGUCGUCAACAGGUUCGCAGCGCGAAGGAGUGCGCGAGAUUGACUGCGACUACGCCCAGGAAAAAAACGGGGAAGCGCGCCCCCGUAAAUUCAGGAGCACGUGUGAGGGGUUCGGGAGGAGGGUCGGGAAGGAAGCGCGUGCGGUCACGGGCCCGAAUUUCGGUGGGCACUAAACAGUCGCAGAGCAGGCUACAAACGCAGGUGGAGGAAAGGUUGGCGACGGCAGACUUGGACAAGGAGCAUGGGGAGCAGCUGGCUAAGGCGGAGGAAGAGUCCCGACGGCGUAGGAAACGCCUUCCCGAUGAGGCGUGCGCGGAAGCUCGACAAAAUGCGCCUGGGCCUGCAUCUGGUCUUCGACGCCAGAGUUUAGGUGGGAAGAGCAGACAAGUCGGGAGUACGGAGACGCAAGGCCGCGCUAUGCCCUGCCGUAAACCGGUGUGUGGCUGGGUGACGACUACCCCGGGUCACCAGUGCAAUAAAUGUCCUGAAGGGGUCACGCACUGGGCGGAAGAUAGGUUAUGUACCGCGUGCCAUCGACCGCCCAGCGAGAGAGGGUUCGUCCAUCUGCAUGUCAAACGCAUUGACUCGGCCCGCUCCCUAUUGGCCGACCUGCCGUCUGGCGAGGCGGGGGUUGUGGCGAUGCUGCGUCAGUUUAACCCCCAACCUGGCGGGUGUCUCUGCCAGCGAGACGGCUGUCUCAUGGCCCGCCUGGGUCGCCACGAAAAGAACAAGGCCACGCACACAUGCCAAGGACCUGGAGACAACAUGCCAUGUUCGGUGUCAGGAGUGAAGAAGAAGCAGGGGAGGUGGUAUUCCGUGUCUGGCGAUGAAGAAGGUGGGAGGGUUAGGGUGUCAGCGGGAGGCGGCGGUAUGGUGUGCCAGGCCUGUAACCAACGGCGUGCCCGUGAACGGAAGAAGUCCUUAUCGGUACGACAGCCAGGGGAUGGCGGGUCCGGAGUUGCUGGAGCUUCCUCGUCGUCCCAAGCGCCAGCCAUUGGGAGGGCGGACGUCGUGGGGUCCAGCACCCAGAGGACAAGGACAGGCAAGGGAGCAUCCACCGACGAGGGCUCUGGCAUUGCGACUGGCCGAGCGCUUGGGCGACAUGUCAAAGCGGCGUCGAUUGUGCGCUCGCGGGUGGAAGGGUCCGUAAAAGGCGGGGAGAUCCUUUUCUGGAAGGACGUUGCGAAGUGGUUGACGGCCGAGCGAGCUAAGCUCGGCGAGGAAAGGCUGCAGGGCGGCUCCGUACGGGAGAAGGUGAAACAAAUGUUCGAUAGCAUCGGCCGUUCGUCGGACUGCAACGCGAGGGUGGUGGAUAUCCGAGGGAGCAGGGGUGCGGGAGGAGACGGACGCGAGAAAGCUCUCUGUCUGUUCCCGAAAGAUCUAUCCGACGAAGCUGUCGUUGGGUACCUCCUACGGAUGCGUAAAGCGGAGGGAGCGACCCUGAAGUCUGAGCUGGAAAGGGUUGCUCAAGACCCUGCGGACCCCCACGACCCUGUCUUCGAGGAGGAGAGGAUGGCGGUGGUCAAGACUGCGGGGGAGAUUGUCCGGCGUGAUAUUGAACUGGAAAAGAGCCUGCACAACGCGCGUCCCCCAGGUCAGUCAAACAUCAACGUGGAAGAGUUGGAGCGGCCUGUGGAACGGACGGCGGAUACCCUACUUGCAAUGCCCCCCACGACACUAGGAUUCUUCCAGAGCGUCACCGACGUGGACCUCAAUGUCGAGCAGAACCCUGCGGAUCCGCCCAAGGAUGCAGGGCCUUGCAAGGUGUGGGAGCGCGGGUGGCGAGAGGAGUUUGAAAAGGGUAUCGGCGUUAUGGACAGGCCAAGUCCAGCCACAGCCGGGUCGAUGGGUGAAACGACGGUGGGCUCUGCUGGUGGAGCCGGGAGUGGUGACGUCGGCGCAAUAUCGGGGGGGGUGCCGGUCCUCCCGGCGUCUGAGACACGUGCGAGGGCUGUCGAUAAAUUCAACCGGUGUUGCCGGUCCAUUCGUCGACGGUUGACGGUGAUGUGCACAAGCGUCGUUAAGUCCGUGCUGGGCAGCCGGUACAUGCCCUCACACGCCAUAAAGGCGACCCAGUGGGCGAAGUCGAAGAAUACUCCCCGACCCGUGCUCAACUUUAUCGCAGAGCACUUGGGAUGUGCCACCGAUUCUCAGGUGUACCAUCGAGAGUCCAAGUUCGCCCGGGUGGUUGAAGACUCCAACCUUCUUGCCAAGUGCGCGAAGUGUGCUGCAUUUUCUCAGGACAACGUUGACUUCGAGCCCCGUGUCGGAGUGAGGCAGGGGGAAGGUCCGUACAUCCCGUGCGUGGCGUGUGUGGCGAACUGGGUUGGGGAGGAGGUGGGCACGCUCCACGAUGCGGGCACGUUGAAACGACUCAGCGAGUUGAGUGUGGACGACAUUCUCGUUGGAUCAGACGCGGCGGAGGGAGAGCGGAGGUAUGGGGCUUUCUUAGCUACGCUAUUCGGAGCCGUGUCCAAGUCUGAGCGAAUCAGGUCGGCGGAGGGAGGGCCGUUGUGGUGUUUCGAGGCCCAACUCAGGGAGGCGGCGUAGUAGUUGGCCUUUUUUCUUUCUUUUUUUUUAUCUUCUUGCGCCUUUUCCACCCAUCCUUUUAAUUCGCCUUCUGCGGCAAAAGCGUCCAAACACACACUUACCGGGUGAGCACAUACUUAUUGGUAGUGUUCUCAUUACCCUCCUCUUUUUCCCCUCUUGCGCUGAGAAAGUCACGUUAGGGCUUUGCAUCCACGUACCCCAGACCGGCGUGAUGAUGUUUAAUUGAUGUGAGAAGACACACCACCCCUCCUUUUCCUAACGAUCCCUACAUUUCAGAACGGUAAAUAAAGCUGGAUAUUUGUGCUCUUCUCUUACCCUUCGUAUUCCGCCCCAGGCUAAUCCAUACACUUGAACGUUCCGCUGCGAGAGGCGGAAUGGGAUGCUGGCUGAUAAGUCAAGGGAACGGUCGGGGGGGGGAGUGUGGUGCUGGGACGACAGCAGGGACUGGCCGUUGGGGAGGAGGAGAAGUUGUUGUGAACAUGUACUGUUGAACUUGAUUUAUAGUCUUGUAUUUUUUUCUUUGUUGUGGUUGGCACUUUCCCAUAACUUUGACUGGACAUGUCUCUUCUUGUGAUUUACGAUUUGUUAUGUGUUCUUCGAACCAUUUGGGACUUACUUGCGUGCCGUCCCUAGAAUAUACUCAUUAGCAUCAUCAUUAAAAUUUUAAGAUUUAUUCAUCUUAGCGACAUUUUGGCAGUCUUGCAAGUAGUGUCUUUUAGAGUUUCGUCGUGUCUUGUGCCUUAGCGUGUUGUUCGAGUAAUUGAGAAAGUAUUGUUGGCCCGAAGGAGUAAAACUGGCACGCGAGGUACCUUAGCUGGUUGACGUGGUGCUGUAUGUAGUAGUUUACUCCGUGUGUAAAUGUAUCUAAUUUUAAUGUGCGCUGCUGAUUGACUAAACUGGUGCAGACUGCCCAAGUAUACGCAUAUCAAUCGCGCCCGCGGGUGCAGUUCAACCUUCGCAGGGCCUAGGUUCCGAUUGCGCCGACUCCCAGCUACCGCUGCGACACUGGCUUCGCUGGGUGAAGCGCUUUUUUCUUUUUUUUGUUUCUUCAUGUGCUGGAGGGGAGAGAGAGCCGGUGUGCGUCGGCGAAACCCAAAGUUCAAAACUGGGUUCGCGCCGAUUAGGCGUUCUCGGCGUAUACGGCGUGUUGCAGCAAAAUUCAAAGUACUGGGCAAAGCCCACAGCAUCUUCUUUCACACACGGGUGCGCCCUUCCGCAACCAUCCUGAGGAAACUUAGCAUGAUGCUUGCGCGCGAGCGUCAUUUUUACACGAAACACGCCGCCCCCGACUGCGUUUGGUGGAAUUCCAACACACCACUUGACGUACGGUCUGAUACGGGCAUUUCCAGUUUGUGUGCCAAGUUUCAUGUGGAUCUGUGCGGUCUGCGCUGCGUUCUCGUCGUCGGACGAAACACGCCCUCGGCCAGGGGUAGGUUGGGCCGCAUCCAAAAGUGCCAGGUAUUUGCCUCCGAACUUCGAAUUCUUCUUUUGUCACGUUCGCGGGCCACAGGCCAUGAAACUCGACCAAACAAGGGUCAGAAGACAGUAAAUAACUAGCUCUACGGUGUCAGGGUCUUAGUUUGGUGUGGUGUGUCGUUGCCGGAACGCACAGCAGCCCCAAAGGUGUUUCGACAAACGCCUCCAUAUAUCCUGUGCGCAGCACUGAGCAGCCCCGGGACUCGCGGGGGACACGCAACCGAAGGGGCUCCGCAACAUCACUUUGGAUCCCCACGAGCGAAAAGCCUUCCAGGUUUUGUGUGCUCAAGUCAGUUUGGAUCUUUGGUUGAGAUCUUGAAUCUUGAGGAUCCCUCUGACUGGUGUUUGCUGCUACCCAUGCUACUAUUGCAGCAUGGAGUUUGCACGGCGACGGUGGAAGGCAUACGCUGCAAUGCUAGUGGUAUCGGUUGCUCACAUAUCAGGAAAUCUUGUGGGUGCAGCAGCGGCCACCCGGCGGCCAGUACCGUGCGAUUUCGUCUGUGAGGUGGGUGCAUCACAAUCUACCGGGUUGGUUUUUGUAUAGGCUCAAAGGACGAGGAUUAUAACAACGAGGCACUGAAUGAUGCGGGUACUGACUGGCACCAGGGUACACAGAAGACUGCUUUGAGUGAUGGACGGUGUCGCCAUCUGAGGGUUGGAAAGUAGCGUACUGCUGUAUGCAUAGCAUCAGUUGUCAAUUGUACCCUCACCAUCGCUACAGUAGUAGUAUUGUACGCUCUCGUCAAGUAGAGGACAACAGCACUUCAAAUGCUGUAGAUCAGAACCGCUCUCUAGAGGGAGGUGGGUGCGCCUAUUCGAACUGCGCGGAUGGACCAUCGUGUCCUGGGGGCUCUUGUUCAUUUCAGAAUUGUCGAGGUCCCUCGUGCAAGGGUGGGAACUGCGACUUCAUCUCCUGCCACAGCCCGGCGUGUGGUGGAGGCGGCUGCCGUGUCGUGGAUCCUCUGAGUACGCUCCGCGACGGCUACUGCGACGGAGGCGCGUGCAAGGUCAACGGCAAGCCGUUUCCUUCGCGCUUUGCCGGGAAGCUCAGCGUCUGAGAACCAAACGAAAGCACGUUUUCCUUUUGUCAUGGUGCCACUUGCCAUGCGUUCUCUUUGCCGAUAGAGAGGAAUUCAACAGCACUUGGAAGUGACGGCAGUAGCUUACACAGUCUACUUAGUCUAUUCUUCGGCAUGAAUUUUGACAAGCGAACCAAUCAGCACAGAGACACCACAUUUUUGACAAGCACCACUUCGCGAAAUCGGAGUUGCUUGGUCUUUUCGGCGCUCUAUACGGACUUAUUGACCACGGUACCAACCCAUCCAACCAAGCGGAACGAGGCUUGUGGGAGUACGGAGGCCUUUUUUUCUGGCAGAGUGAUGCGCCGGAGUAGGAGGGAAGAGGGAAACAGGCAGCCACUGCCGCCUUUGUGGAAUGUUAUUCCGGUUGUUCAUCUUGCGCUCCUUCCGUGUUACCGCGGUGUCACAGUCCG